AUGGGGCCGCUUUUCUUAGUGACAACGAACUUGCUCAGGCGUUCCCCGGUUUCGUUGCGGUGCUGCAGUACAGUUCUAGUGCCUUUAUGUUCUGCUCCAAACACAGAAGGUGCGUGCGAUGACAAUAGGCUGAUUAAUCGAGAGGAUUUCAGAGGUGUUACCCCGAGGAAUGAAAAGCAAUUCGUACGAGAGGGGUUAGGUUAUGUCACAUUACUGAUGCCUUCAAGGGCUGUGAAGAAUAGGCGGAGGGAGAGGUCACGUUUCCCCGAAACGGUGCUGUCACGAAUUCAAGAAAGUCUCAGGAAGAAUUAUCGAAUAUCCGCGAGUACUAUAUUUCUCGAAGUGGUGAAGCGGUUGGAGGAAGGUGACGGUGAAAGCAUUUGUUUCAACGCUCAAACGUUCAUCCGAGCGAUGGCUUCCCAUGCUGCUCAGAGCAUGUGGAAGUGCCUUGUCCAAUGUUCCAAACUCAUCCCGACGGCAAAUUUUAGCACGGUUAUGGAAGCAGGUGGACGAAAAAGGUAUGUCACAUUAACCAGUUCAAGCGUCUACGAAAUGGCGAGACGUGGAUUUCUAGUAAAUAAUGCUUGCAAUGAUGCGCUGGUCUAUUGUUUUGCAGUAAGAGGACAUCAUGCAAAGGCUGAUUCACUUGCGGAGCAGGCAUUGGGCAAAUACGGCGCAGACGCCGUUUCGAGCGCUCAAGGAGCGUGCGCAAAAGCUGCUGCGGCUCGUGCAGGAUUUAAACCGCUUGAGGAAGAAUUAAUACACAUGCAUGGCACAUUUUUCGAUCAGGUUUUGCGACGAGCAGUCAUGGGAACACAACGAAAGCUCAUACUGUCCUCUGCUGACGUGUUGGAGACAAUUUGGCUGUUAGCGGAGAAGAGCCGUGAUGGAGAUGGGUCGGAAUACGUCAACCUAACUGAGCAAAUGCUGGAUCACACCAACCAUGAGGCUGGGUUUUUUCGUCUUUUGAUUCGAGAAGUCGAGCGCCAUAUUAGCCAUCAACACUACUACACUGCCGUUGCUCUCUUAGAAGACACAAAUAGAAUAGCGGACUGUCUGAAAAAUCAGCAAAAGUCUCUGUUUUUGGAUCAAAUGAUCGCUCAACUCAGUAGACAAGUGAUUCGUAAUGAAGUGAACGUGGUGAAGCUUAACGAUAUAGCCAAUCGAGUGGUCGCAAUUUUCCAGAAUCAUCCUAACGCGCCGCGAAUACACGAUGACUUGUUUCUCGCCGUCGUUAUGUACAAAGACUUUAGUAUAGAUAAAAGGAUGGAAUAUGUAAAUGCACUAUUGGACAUGGUCGAUAGAGAUCGCACCCGUCCUCAUAUAAUGCUUCCCCUUCUCGCAAGCGCUGAGGAUGUGGACGAGAGGCUCAAACUUAUAUUCCGUUGUUGCAAUGCCGGGUACAAGGACCUUUCGCAGUUAGAUAUCUCUGUAUUGACGCAUCUCGUUCUACAGCCACUUUAUGAUAAACAACGAAUAUCCUCACGCGGAGACCAAACGAAACUGGACAAAAUGGCAAGAAUCCUGCGGAGCUUCGGUGUUGGCAACGACUCAAUUUGGCAGACGAUGUAUGCAUGGUGGCAAGAUCGCAGUGCUCGCGAGAAGCGAAUGGCGAGUCUGGAAUAUGCUCCACGACCGUACGCAAGGGAACUACAAGGAUGGCUGCGUCAACACUACACAGCCACAUUCGAAGUUGAGAAGAAGAGUAAGGCGAAAUCGCCUCCAAUUCGAGACUCUUCGAAAGUUCAUGCGUUUUUGUCUUCUUAUGGCUGGCCAGAGGAUACGAACUAUGAAGAAAUUGUUCCCGACGUGUUAGGAUUGUACCUGGACCACGAGGAGUGGGGAAAUGUGAAAAAGAUGCUCAAAUCUCUUUCGGCUCAGUCAGGGAAGUGGCAAAAAGAAAACGAUCCGUCCUAUUGUCCGGUGCAGAACUAUCACUUGCUGCAAAUUUUGCGAAGACGUGCAAAUGAAGGCGAUGAGAUUUCCCUACGGAAACUCAUCAGCUACGCAUUUGAAUUGCGUAGGCUGUUCCCUGGAGGGGCGUGCAAUAUAUCUAUUUUGCAGCUGUCGCUACCUAUGAACACUUUUUUCAACACCAUGCAUGAAUACAACCGAUUGUUUGGGAAAUGCUUCGGCAUGGCUAAGCAUCAAGCUGCCAGUGCCUUCUCCAGAUACUUUAUGGCCGCAAGGUUCUUUCGUAUUUGCAUUAGAUCUUUCUCAAAACAAAUGGGCAAGAUGUUGUUGGUUUUUGUGGGGAACACAGGCAUAACAAUGUUUUUUUUUCAGAGACUGCCAAACCCGUCGGUCGAAAAAAUUGAUGAGUGCAUUGAUCUUUUGCGAACUCUGAUCAAGCUAGAAAUUCUUCAGCUACAUCCAAAUGAGACUCUCACAUGCGUGUUUAUUGGCAAUGUUCUGAGAAAGUUGGGCUGGGAAGAGGCGGUCAAUACAUGGAUGAAAUUUCAAUCUGGAUUGUAUUGCUCGAAUGGCAUCGUUGCGUUGUUGCUUUAUUGCUUGGGCCAGAAGUCCGAUAACCAAAAGCGUAAUAUACAGUAUGUGUUGCACAAAGCACAGAACUUCUUGCAUCAGUCUCGCGUUCACUGUCUCUACGCAGCUGUGCUUGUUGCGAAGCGAUACUAUGAGGAAGCUGCCACAUUCCUGGAAGAACAUAAGGAGGAAAUCGAUCCACUUGAUUGCGUCAUGGCCAUGCGAUUUAUGAAUUCGUUCAAGGCAAAGAUGGUCGAUGAAGAAUUCAUACGGCAAUUUGCGGAAUUAUGCCUCAAGCAUACAAAGUUUAAUGGAAACGCGGAAGCUGUACGGCAAAUGCAGGUUGACUGGAUCCGCACAUGUGGUACCUAUCUUCAUUAA